AGGCCUGGUGGGGUCAUCCCAGCGCAAGCGCAGUGCGGUGUUUGUCUGAGGGUCGGACGGGCGGGAGGUGCGCGGCGGCGGUGGCGGUGGCGGCGGGGAAGAUGGCGGCGUCCUCCCUGGAGCAGAAACUGUCCCGCCUGGAGGCGAAGCUGAAGCAAGAGAACCGCGAGGCCCGGCGGAGGAUCGACCUCAACCUGGAGAUCAGCCCGCAGCGGCCCAGGCCGAUUAUUGUGAUCACUCUAAGCCCUGCUCCUGCCCCGUCCCAACGAGCAGCCCUGCAGCUUCCUCUGGCCAAUGACGGGGGUAGCCGAUCGCCUUCCUCGGAGAGCUCCCCUCAGCAGCCCACCCCGCCAGCUCGGCCCCGGCACAUGUUGGGGCUCCCUACACCACUGUUUAUGCCACGCAGCAUGGAGAGCAUAGAAAUUGACCAGAAGCUGCAGGAGAUUAUGAAGCAGACAGGAUACCUGACCAUUGGAGGCCAGAGAUACCAGGCAGAGAUCAAUGACCUAGAGAAUCUGGGUGAGAUGGGCAGUGGCACAUGUGGCCAGGUCUGGAAGAUGCGAUUCAAGAAGACGGGCCACAUCCUUGCUGUCAAGCAAAUGCGCCGCUCUGGAAACAAGGAAGAAAACAAGCGAAUUCUUAUGGAUCUGGAUGUGGUGCUCAAGAGCCAUGAUUGUCCCUACAUUGUUCAGUGCUUUGGGACCUUCAUCACCAAUACAGAUGUCUUCAUUGCCAUGGAGCUUAUGGGCACCUGUGCUGAGAAGCUAAAGAAGAGGAUUCAAGGGCCCAUCCCAGAGCGGAUCUUAGGCAAGAUGACUGUGGCUAUUGUUAAGGCGCUCUACUACCUGAAGGAGAAGCAUGGGGUGAUCCACAGAGAUGUGAAGCCAUCCAACAUCCUGCUCGAUGAGCGGGGCCAGAUCAAGCUCUGUGACUUUGGCAUCAGUGGCCGCCUGGUGGACUCCAAGGCCAAGACGAGAAGCGCCGGCUGUGCAGCUUACAUGGCGCCGGAGCGAAUAGACCCUCCAGAUCCCACCAAACCUGAUUAUGAUAUCCGAGCAGAUGUGUGGAGCCUGGGAAUCUCACUGGUGGAGUUGGCGACUGGGCAGUUCCCCUACAAGAACUGCAAGACUGACUUUGAGGUCCUCACCAAGGUCCUGCAGGAAGAACCACCCCUUCUGCCCAGUAAUAUGGGCUUCUCGGUGGACUUUCAGUCCUUUGUUAAAGACUGCCUUACUAAAGAUCACAGGAAGAGACCAAAGUACAAUAAGCUACUUGAACACAGCUUCAUCAAACGAUACGAGAUGUUGGAAGUGGAUGUGGCGUCCUGGUUCAAGGAUGUCAUGGCGAAGACAGAGUCCCCCCGGACUAGCGGCAUCUUGAGCCAGCAUCACCUUCCCUUCUUCAGCUGCAGCAGGGGCUCUGCCACCCCGGCCCCCAGAUGUACCAGUCUUCCACUUGCCUCCCCCCAUGCUGGCGGGCCAGAUGUCACAUGGAGCUGGGGAGGGAGUACAGAAACGUGGACAGCCACAGAGAGCUGAAGACAAAGUGGGGGCCCUCCAGACCCGCCUCCCCCACCCCCUGCCUUUCAGCUGAGGACAAACUGGCACCAAUUGGGCCUCCGGCUUCUUUCCUGGGGGAGAGCUGUACGCCCCCCUCCCCCUGACACUGUGAACAGAAGAUGGAAGACA